CUAAACAACUGUCAUUUAGAGUGAGUGGACAGGAUGGGGAAGACGCAGCAAGAGCUGGAAAACACGAAUUAAACGUUUUGAGAAGUAUUGAAAACUACUUUUAAAGUUACCCAUGUUAUGGCUGCAGUUUACCACGGCAUGUGUUAGUGUCUUACAGAGAAGCAGCAACUUUGGCAGUACGUGUUUUUUACUGCGAUAAGAAUUACAGCCACUUUCGGAGGAUGUCGGCCCCUAGCAACUCGCUUCAGCAGCCGAGGGUGAGACGCAGCAAUACGGGUUCCCCCGGCUCGUUCAACAACAGCAGCUGCCGUUUGCACCCCAUCCGUGCCACCGUACCAUACCAACUCCUUCGUGGGGGUCAGAGCAGCCCAACUCGGGCUCAGACCCUGUACGGAGGGGCGACGAACAGCCGGGGCUCAAGUCCCCCCUCCAGUCCGACACUCAGUUCAGGAAGUGCAAAUGCUAAACAGAGACUGUCCCCCGAAAAUAAGGAAUCGUCCUGUCAACCAGACUCUCCAGUUUCGCGAGCAGAAAAGUCCAAAGUACAGGUGCGGAGUUCCAGUGCUAUCCGACGAGCAUCUUCCUUAGAUGCUAUCACAGGGCCAUACCUCACUGGCCAGUGGCCUCGGGACUCGCACGGACCCUACCCUUCCUGUAUGAAAGACAAAGCCACACAGACUCCAGGUCUCUGGAUUGACGAGGGAGCAGAACAGGGAAGUCCUCACCAGCGGUCCGCUUCCUGGGGCAGUGCAGACCACCUCAAAGAGCAGAUUGCUAAACUGAGACUGCAGCUGCAGCGCAGCAAACAGGUUAGCCGGCAGAGCAAAGACAGAGAGCAGAGCUCACUGCAGCUGCCACAACAGGCGCAGCAUGGUGCUGCAUGCCAACCCCAGUACAAAGGAACUUCAACAACCUUGACAACAAUCCCUAUGACAAAAUCCCUCAUAUGCAGAGUGCCGAGCAGUGUGGAGGGCAUCAAUCAUGAGCUGGAAAAUGUGUUCAUCAGAGAGGACUGGGAGCAGGGGAUACAGGCCAUGGAUGCAGUAGAUGGCCGCCGUGCCCCCUUCCCACCACACCGCUACAGCAACGGUGGGGAGACACGUGACACGGACACACAGGCCCCUUCAAGUGGUGAAUCUAGCCCGUCGCCUCGCCCCUGCAGCUCUGACCACCUCCAGUCCCCUGAGGGAAGCCCCUGCUCUGCUGAGGAAAUCGACAAAGACGGUGUGUGUAGUUCUCCUCUCCCCAAGUUUGCCACAUCUCCCAAACCUAACAACAGCUAUAUGUUCAAACGGGAACCUCCAGAGGGCUGUGAGAGGGUCAAAGUGUUUGACGAGUUAGUGUCUGGCAAAUCAAAAGGCUUCCCACUCUUCUCGUGUCCCGACAAAAACAAGGUGAACUUCAUUCCCAGGGGCUCGGCCUUCUGCCCUGUGAAACUCCUCUGCUCGUCUUUGUUUUCCCCUGUGUCUCCCUCUUCCUGCUCCUCCAUCAACCCCGGCCUCUAUGGCAACAACAGCCCAAGGCCUCAGGUGACCCCGACGCUGGCCAUGGCACCACUAGCUACCUUUGCAACCUCCACAGACAGGAGCACCGACUCGAGCAGCAGCGUAAACUCAGACAAAAGCACAGACAGCCAGAGCCCUGACGCAGAUGUGGGGAAAGAUGGCUCAGCACAAGUACUCCUCACCAGCUAGUCCUCAGUGGCAGCAAUAUGCAGCUGUAUCCCUUCCAAAUGUUUCCGUUUUAAAAGAGAUCACAUGAUGCUCGGGGCAAACUAUGCGUUGUGAAGUUCGUGCUGGGUGUCUGCUUUGCCGACUGCAUCUGGAUUGGAGAGGGGGUCCAAGUCAGCAAAGAGGUUGAACCAAGCUGAGAGAUCUUUGGAAGUCCCUGUUGCAUCUGUAAAAUGACAAAGGUAAAUGUCACCAAGACAAGCUGCUGUCAGCAUCUUUGUCCUCGGACUGCAUCUGGUUGAGGUCCAGAAAUAUGAAUGUGAACAAGCUAAAAGUUCUCAUUAGGUACCCAUAAACAUAGUUCUUAAUUUGACUUGGAAUAAAUCUUAUACAUACUACUCUUUUGGCCCGGUCCUACCUUUUACUGCUGGCUUAGAAGGAUUCUGAUUGGAUCCAGAUGAGUGCUCUGUUGCCUGGGUGACGGGCUGUGGAAUGAUCCCGGCCCAAUCUGAAGUGGAGAUGCAGAUUUGGAUUAAUCAUCAGGGGACAGUUGACGUGCCAAAGCAUGAUCCAACAAAUAAAUCUUCAAGGCUAACAUUUUGUAAUUGUUUAUUAACUACAGAUUACACGUUGAAAUUGCACCUUUGAUGGCUCAUUUCAGGCAUCUUUAUUAAAACUGUAUGCUUUGUGUGUCCAUGAACUAUGAGGGAGAACAGUAGAAUAUGUUGUUGAUAUUAUGCUUGGUAACUAACAGCCCAUGCUCUAAAUACAAACUAAUGCAUGUGCAUGAUGGUAUAUCAUAGGUGCUUGUUGUUGUUUUUUUUGCCCAUCAGCAAGUCCCAGUGUGCCAAUUUUUGAAUGAAAUGUUUUGUAGACAGAUGCACACAGAUGACAAGGCUGUAAAUCUGCUACAGGUUUUGUUGUUUAACUGCACCUUCAAGCCUUAUUGCAUCUGGAUGUGUUCUGCUCAUGAGAAUUUGGGGAUUUCCUUCCUCCAUGAUUUGUUUUACAUUCUUUGUCUCUAGCUGUUUUGUUCUUGAUUUGCCAGGCUGGACUGUCUCAUAAAUUCUGUGAUUCUUUCAGGAUUUGGCUGUUUUGGGAACAAAAUUUAAACAGCUUUCUGCUGUGCUGAUUCUGACCUCUUUGAAUGCUAUGGAAUCGUCAAAACCUGAGCUGUCCCACACAGUUCCUUCUGUGAGUUGUGAUGUGAUUGCUAACAGCCAAAACCCUUCAUGUGAUCAACCUUGGCCAACUUUCGAAAGUGCGAAGUAGAGAGUUAAUGAAUAAGUGCACAACAAGUUAAGAGUGCAGAGAGGCAGAUUUGUGCGUCCUCGCAUGGUGUCAAAAGCUAUUUUGCACUUCAGUCAGUCCCUGCAAACUCUUCUACCUGCACUUGCAGACUGAUUACUGCUUUAGCACUUUAUAAUUGCUUUAUACUUCCACCAAGUUCUAUGCGUUCACACAGUUCAGACUGAAUUACGUUGACAGACCCAGGGCCUAUAUAUUGUAUUUGUUUUGUGGUCCCGCAAUUUUAAAUUCAACCUGUCAUAUCUGUUAAAGAAGAAAAACUAGAAUUAGUUUUGACAGCUUUUUAUAAGGAGGAGAUUGAGUCCGCAGUGUGCUUUGUUGAUUAGCUGGACUCUCAACCUCUCUUAAGAAAACCAUCUUCCCUGCAUCUAAACUAAUGUGCCAUUUGUUUCUCCUUGACCUUGAUUUUCUUUAUAGCAAGCAGGACUAUAGCGAGGGUGACUCUGAAUGCAGGAAUCACAGUUAAACCUCACACUCAUGCUAAAUCAAAAGCUCAUAUCAUGAGUUUUAUUCAUACAUGCAAACUAGAAGUCUACAUUUCCUUAUAGCAGUGCUACUCACAGCCACAAGCAUAGCUUAUGUCCUCCCCCACUGGUAUUAUGUUGAAUUUUAUGCUCUAAUUUGUGCAUUUUCUGCAUCAAUUUACAAUGGAAACAUCAUAAUUUGUGUAAAAGACAGCACAAAAUUCAGGCACAGUGCAUAAACGUUAAAGUGUUUAUUCCAAAAAAAGUCCUAUGCUGCUUUUCUUUUCUUUUUUUUUUGAAAGAGACAAAUGCAUGUGUUCUUAAUAUUGAGGGGGAUGUAUCCCUCGCAUCCCUCCUGAAAUCUGCACGUGUGCCCACAGCCCUCCAAAUUGGAUAAAGAAAAAACCAAAUCAGCAAAACCAGGCUUUGUCGCAGCAGCCUGUGCCCAGGCUCAGAUGAAAUGGAAAGUAGUUUGCAAUUACCUACGGGUAAGCAAAUCUAAUUGCCAUAUUCUAAUUGCCUCUUUCUAUUACUUUGACAGACAUGGGCUUGAUAAAUCAUUAUAAAGCCACUUUUCUCCCCGUGUGGAAACAUUUAGCCAGAACAAGGCGGGAAAAAAAAGCGCUCUGCUUUUUGUAUUUUAUAAUGUACUCAUUCAUGGAAAAACAAUGUAACUUAUUAUUUAGCUUUCAAGCAUAUUUGUUUCAGCUCAGGAUUUAAUUAAAUUUGUAUUAAGGUGGAUAAUUUGUUGAGGCUCUGCAUGAUUUUAUCUUGGUGGAAAACUCAAAUAGUCUAUUAUUUGGCCACUAAAGACCUUUUUGGACCCAUUUGCCCAUUUUCUAUCUGACUCACACACACACACACAGAGACCAGUCUUUUCUGACCUGAGACGGAAGACUGCAGAUUAUUCAAGCUCUGGUCCAACAGCUGCGAUGGCAGAAAGAAUGAGUUUUCCUUUUGCUGGCUCUCUGCUGGUCUACCGGAUGCCGCGCUUGUUCCCUCCUCAGUCUCUCCGAACACUUCCGUCCACUCACGAGAAAAGUCGCUGUCGUCCACAGACAAACCGCCAAGGAUCUCGUUGAGUAAGGCCAUGCUGUCCUUCUCCUCUCCUUCCACCUCUGGAUCAGCAGAGAGAAGAUCUGAUCAGGAAAAACAAAAUUGUGUAGGCAGAUUACAGAAAUAUAAGUAAUUUCUCUAUGAUUUGAAUGAUUUAAUCCAUUCUAUGUGCUCAGAAGCUCCUCACACAUUAUUCUGUAUUGGUGGUCAGUUACAAGACGACUCAUCAUGUUAAUCAAUUAGUCAUUUUCUAAGCAAAAAUGCCCCAAAAUACCAUGUUAAAAUUCCUCAAAUAUUAUAAACGAUUAUAAGACAGGAAAACUGAACAAAAACACAUUUAUGCAGUAAAAUAACAUCUAAAAACAUAUUGCGGUUACAGAUUUAAUGAUAUUGCCUUUUACCUUCUCUUGUCUUAUCGCGGGUGUUUUCAUUUUCAUUUAUUUGAAGUGAGAUGAGCCUAUAAAUAUGACAAGCAGAAGAUAAGUUUGUAACAUUUUGUUCAUAUGUGAGCAACAGGUGUGCAGAAAUACUAAUCUGGUUCAGUUAUCAGUGUGGCAUGCAUGUGUUUGGUCUACCUGCACGAGUAAAGAUGAAGACGAGAUCAGUAGAUUUUUAAUAAAAACAACAAAAAACCUCA